GCCCCUCAGGGUCUUCCUGUCAUUGCCCCUCAGCAUCCUCCCACCAUCACCCCUCCGUUCCUGCUGCCCCUCAGGUUCCCAUCGCUGCCCCUUGGGUUCUUCCCACUGCUGCUGCCACUCAGGGUCCUCCCGCCAUCGCCCCUCAGGGUCCUCCCGCCAUCGCCCCUCAGGUUCCCGCCAUUGUCCCUCAGCGUCCUCCCGCCACCAUGUUCCAGGGCCACCGCGCCUGGUUCUCUCAGAGCGUCAGCCCCGGCCCGCGGCAGCUCUGGGUGGCCGGCGGUGGGACGCUCGCCCACCAGCGCCACGCCGAGUUCCUCUUCAGCAGCGACGCCGCCCACCCGGACACCCGCAGGAUACACGAGAGCCUGGAUUACCUGGAGGGCAGAGCCACGGUGUUCCACUCGCGGUACCUCUGCGCCUGGGCCAGCACCGGGGCCACGCCGUCCGUGGCUCUGGGACACUUCGUCCUGCCGCCCGCCGCCGUGCAAGAAGAAAUCAGAAGGAAAAUCGGCAGUUUUAUUUGGGAGCAGGCAGACGAUUCACUCGCGGAACAACAUGAAGAAAAUCUGACAGAAGAGCCGGAGCGGGCGAGACAAGGCUGUGAGGAAGCGGAGGAGCACGUGCUAGACCUGGACGAAAGCAGCGAAGAAGAAACGGGCUCCAGAGAUCCUGCCCAGGGGGAAUUCCCCUACCGCACCCUCCACGAAUACCCGGUGAAUAACAUGGUGACAGGCUACACCUCCGCUCGUGACAUGAAGAAAUACGUCGGGGAGCUCCGCGAUUUCACCCCCGGCACCUCGGGCUACACGGCGUAUUGGAUUCAGAACGAAAUUAAUAUUUACUCUGAGGUGAAGAGUAAAAUGAAAAGAAAAUUGUAAGGAACAGGUGGCUGUUUGCAUCCGAAAAGCUGAAUUUGGGAUUUCAAUCCCGUGGUUGGACGCCAGGAUGCCGCCUUGCUCGCUCUUUUCUGCAGAUUGAGGGUUAUUUUAACUGUCGUCAUUUUCCCUGUGUUUUAGUUAAAUUGUGAAGAUUGGUGGUAUCAAGCCACAAAUUCUGAGUUAAAUCUCUGCAGUACGCGGGUAAUUUAGAAAUUAUCCCUGCUUGGCGUAUCCCGACCACAGCUCAGUGUGGUUGGUGUGUGCGUUGAUACCCAACUGUAUUUACUGUAACUGUUUCCUUGCCUAGCAGCGAUUUAAAACAAAUUUCACAGCAAACUUAAAUACAGA